AUGGCGAAAGUAUCCACAGGAGCCACUACCGAGGUAGCCAGUGUUGGCAAGGAAACCUCGAAUGGACCUAUGGGGAGGGGGAUGGAGGUUGGAACUGAGAAAGCUGGUGCCAAGACGGUUGGGACCAAGGUGUUUUGGGCCGAGGAGAGGGCUCAAGCUAUGCUUGGUGUAAUUGGGUACUCGGUGUUUCUGCUUCCCUCCGUUGUUACUGUUCCUAAGGAAGAGGAGUUCAGAAAAUGGGUUCAUCGGCUUGCUCUCGCCAAGGCAGCUCCCUUAUCCCCGCUUGUCACAACACAAAAUCUUUUUCAGUUUGGGACUUUUCCCAAACCAGCCGUCCUUCCAAUUGCUGUUCAUAAUCCUCCACUCCUCCUCCUCAAUGUGGACUCUUCUCCGAGAAGGUCGUGUGAGGAUACUGCCACCUUCUCACGGAAGUGCCGAUGGGGAGUCCUAUCCUCGCGAUCAUCAAAUUCCUCCUCUAGUGAAAUGGGGUUUACAGCUAUUGAGUUGAAGUUUUUGAUAGGGAAGGCAAGGCUCGAGAAACAGCUUUUCGAGGUUGAGAAAGAGCAAGAUGAGCUGAGGGCUGAGAAUGUCCGUCUGAGGGAGGUGAUUUCUGUUCUAAAAUGA